AGCUUAUUACGAUACGGGCGUUCGGUGCGCCUGGUCAUUCCUGAACUCGUUUCUCGAGAGCGGGAUCAUGUUUCCUUGAAAAUCUCCCAGGAAGAAGAUUCAUCUCAACUGUAUGUGAGGUCUGUACACGAAUCCAACGGCAUUUGCCGCCGCCAAGGAACGGAAUCUUGUCCUCUCUCUAACGCCUCCCGUUAAUAAUGGGUCACAUCCGCUGUCGUGUUUCUGCAAGCCUUUGCCCUCAUCGGGUAACCGAGGGAACCUCGUGAAUCAUCACCAGUAGUUCAAAGGUGCCACCGAGAGAACAACGUUUCCUUUUAACCUGGAGUCCAUCGGGAGUCAACGAAUACACAGGUCGAUCCAUCACCGUUACUUAAAGAACUUCGUAGUGGAAUCCUUGCACGAAAGGAAAGAAAAAGAUGGGGGCCAGUAAAUUCGACGAACUCCUGGCGAAACUCGGCACUGGAAAAUGGAAUGUCUUAUAUUUUUUCAUAGCUGGAUUCUGGUAUUUGUGGUUACCUGGUGAAUACUUCGGAGGGGCCUAUUUGACACCACAACUAAGCUACACGUGCAUACCAUCAGAAAACGCUUCGGUUAUUUCCAUCGCAAAAGAUUCGUGCAGUUACACCGUGAAUGAGACUGACGCGGAUGGAUACGAUACCCAGGUGGAAUACUCCUGUACAGAGUGGGAAUACGACCACUCCGUGUUCAUCACUACGUUAACGUCUGACUUCGACUUGGUAUGCGGACAAGCGUAUUUAAAAGCCACCUAUCAGAGUGCGCUCGUGUUUGCCACCAUGUUUACAAGCAUGUUUGCGGGCUACUUGGCAGACAGGUUCGGCAGAAAGAACGUGGUGGUGGUGACCCAGAUAUUGUUCUGUAUCACCAGCAUCAGCAUCUCUUUGGCAAAUAACUUCAGCACUGUUCUUGCCUUACGCUUCAUCACCGGGGCAUUCUUCCUGCCUACCACUUAUGUUUUGGCGAUGGAGGUCUGUGAAAUCAAGAACCGAGCCCUGGUGGGCAUUUUCACCGGGCUUCCCUGGGCCAUUGGAACCAUGUUUUGGGGAGGUUUCGCUUACCUCAUCAGAGAAUGGAGGUACCUGAGGUUAACUAGCUCCUUGCCUCCACUCCUCUUGUUUCCUUGUCUAUACUUGAUAGACGAGUCUCCCAGAUGGUUAAUCUUGAGAGGAGACGAUACCCGGGCACUGAAGGUCCUACGGAAAGCUGCCCGGUGGAAUAAGGUUGAAUUACCACCGGAUAAUGAACUGAAGAAAAUCUUCCUCGAUAUUCGACUUGAGCAAGCACAAAAUGACAUCCAGAAGAAACCAAGAAGACAAACACCUCGUUUUGACUGGAGGAAAAUUCCGCUACUAAUACUUAUCAGGACACCUAAGGUUCGACUGAUAACAAUUCUCCUCAGCAUAAUGAUGUUCAUGGUGGCUCUGUCCUACACCGGGGUCAGCUUGAGUGGCAACAUCUAUGGGGAUGACCCCUUCGUGUAUAUGGUCAUUCUGGGUGUCACGCAGGUACCCAGCUACACCAUCACAGCGCCCCUUAUCAAGUGGCUUGGUAGAAAGAAGCCUAUAAUUGGCUGCUUCAUCUUAGGGGGCGUUAGCAUGGUUACUCUUGGGUUCAUUCCGCCAGACAUUAGCUGGCUCGUCUUGACGUUGGCCAUGAUUGGCAUGUUUAGUGUCAGCAGUGCUUGGAUGAUGAUGGCAGUUUACUUGACCGAACUCUUCCCAACAGAGGUCAGGAUGCAGGGCAUGGGUACAACUACCCUAUUCUGCCAGAUUGCUGGCACCAUCGCUCCUUACAUUGCACUGUACUUGGGACCCCUAAUACCCUGGGUACCGUCCUUAAUUUAUGGAGUCUGCUGCUUCAUCGCUGCCGGGGCAGCUAUACCUCUGAGGGAAACGAAGGGGAAGCCCAUGGUGGAGACCGUCAACGACCUUGAAAAUCAGAUCGUAAGGCAAGAUGCUCCAGACGAAGAUGCUGAGACCACAAAGUUUAAUGAGUGAGCUUUAUCAGAGUUCUCAGCCAGAGGACAAAAUACAUACGUGCAUCAACAAUGAAAAGUGAGGCUGGGAUGUGAUUUACUUUCCUGUGGGACUCUCAUAGUUAUCUCUGAUCAUCGGGGCAUAACACAUCAAACACAAGAACAUAAAUGGCAAAAAAAUGUACAAAACAUGCCAGACUUUGAAGCAGUUGUAAAAACCUGCAAAAUAUUUCUAGGGCUCUAGACGUAGAAUAAAAAAAAUGUGCAAAAUACUGUUAGUGAGUCAUGGAAACUGGCAACUAUGUAUGAUAAAUCUGUUCUAGUUACAACUUACAUGUCUUUUAUACCUGUUUUUGUCAGUGUCAGUAUGUCUAUUCUGCAGUUGUAAAUUCAGUGAGAAAAUGCAGAAUGCCAAAUUGGUAAUAUAUGAAUACUUAAUUAAA